AUGGCGGAAAAUCAGACAUCUGCCACAGAGUUCAUCCUACUGGGAUUUCCCCUCAGCCCAAGGAUUCAGAUGCUUCUCUUUGGGCUCUUCUCCCUGUUCUACGCCUUCACCCUGCUGGGGAACGGGGUCAUCCUGGGGCUCAUCUCACUGGACUCCAGGCUGCACACCCCCAUGUACUUCUUCCUCUCACACCUGGCCAUCGUUGACAUAGCCUAUGCCUGCAACACGGUGCCCCAGAUGCUGGUGAACCUCCUGAACCCAGCCAAGCCCACCUCCUUUGUGGGCUGCAUGACACAGAUCUUUCUCUUUUUGAGUUUUGCUCACACUGAAUGUCUUCUCCUGGUGGUGAUGUCCUAUGAUCGGUACAUGGCCAUCUGCCACCCCCUCCGAUAUGCUGCCAUCAUGACCUGGAGAAUCUGCAUCACUCUGGCAGUAACUUCCUGGAUUUUAGGAGUCCUCCUGGCCCUAAUACAUUUAGUGUUACUCCUACCUUUGCCGUUCUGUGGACCCCAGAAGGUUAAUCACUUUUUCUGUGAAAUUAUAGCUGUUCUCAAGCUUGCCUGUGCAGAUACCCACGGUAAUGAGAUCAUGGUUUUGGCUGGGGCAGUGUUUGUGCUGGUGGGACCAUUCAUCUCAACUGUGAUAUCUUACAUUCAUAUUCUAUGUGCCAUUCUAAAGAUCCGGUCAGGGGAGGGGCGCCAGAAAGCCUUCUCCACCUGCUCAUCCCACCUCUGUGUGGUCGGACUCUUUUAUGGCACAGCCAUUAUCAUGUAUGUUGGGCCCCAAUAUAGGGACCCCCAGGAACAGAAGAAAUACCUCCUCCUGUUUCACAGCCUUUUCAAUCCCAUGCUCAACCCUCUGAUCUAUAGUCUGAGGAACAAAGAAGUCAAAGCUGCUCUAAAGAGGAUGCUUGAAAAAGAGAGAACCUCAUGCAAGCCUUAUAGAAUAAUAAAAUAA